AUGAAUCUCAAAGAUUCGAAAGGUAGUGAGAAAUCCGUUAUAUGCGAAGGUUCUGCCACAAUGGAAUGUGUUUCAAAAAGGCAAUAUUGCGAGCCCUGUCAUUACGUUGACGAGAAAACUGAAAAGGAACCCACGGGGUUCUGUAUCGAAUGCACCGAGCAUCUGUGUUCCGAAUGUUGCCGAGACCAUAAGAAAAACAAGAUCACCCGUCAGCAUGUAUUGCUGGAGGGAGACAAAAUACCAAAGGACCCAGCGCCGUUCCUGCAGAUGAAGGCGAUGACGAAAUGUGCGAAACAUCCGGACAGGGUGGUAGACUUCGAAUGCGUUGAUCACUGUACCUUGAUUUGCUCGCUAUGUCUAUCCAGAGACCACAGGCAUUGCGGUACUUUCAAUGACCUUUCAGCAGACAACAAGGGUUUGAAACUUGAUUGCGAAUCAUUGAGCGAGUCUAUAAAGGCGGUUGCCGAAACCGUGAGGGCAAAGAUCGAACAAAAGGAAAAGUCGCUCAAAGAGCUUGAAGAGAAAAAGGCAGAAAUCAAUAAAGCGUGUGAUCAAUAUGUGAAGUCUGUACUUACACAGAUCGAUAAGAUAAAUAAUGACGUUAAAUCGAAAGCAAAGCACAUAAUUAUGAACGAAAAACGUACGGUCGAAGAGAAUAUAUCAAAGUGCGCAAAUUUUAAACAAGAAAUUGAGAGAUUACAGAAGCUGAUGAAUGUCUCGCAGAAGUACGGAAAAGAAUAUGAAAAGGCUGCAACGUUAAAAUAUCUUCGGGAGCAGUCGAAGCGCCUGGAAGCGGAUUUACAAGCUGCCAAGGCUCAAGUCCCCAAUACAUGUCCUGUUACUGCACAAUCAACGCUUGCUCAUCUGACGUCACUCUGCAAGAUCACGUCAAAUUGCUCGGAAGACCUUGACAUUAUGAUGGGAACACAAGUGUUAUCAUAA